CACAGAUUACAUCGGACCAGUAGAAAUAAGCGCUCCUGAAGUUCUUGCUUCCCUGCAACCUGGCAUUCCUGCACUGCUCAUUAAGGGAGCCCUUGGCUCAAGCUAUAUUUUAAGCACACCAAGGCGCACCUCUGUGAUUGCUGCCAUUGGCCGUGGACACCUCGGGCGCUGACUUUUCGGCUGCGUGGGCGGGCUUCACAUGCUCCCCAACUGAGUUUUCAAUCCGAGCAAGUUGAUGUGAUGACGCAAUAAACUCAGCGGGAAUUCAAAGGACGCUGCUGCCAAGCAGGGAGAGGCAGUCGGCGCUAUGUCGUCGACGCCCUCGGCGACGGCGAUUGACCAUGGAGCUACCUACAGCGACCUGCUAAUCAUCCAGGGGGCCAUUGUAUUCUUUCUACAGGUCGGCUUCGUGUCCUUAGAAGUGGGAUACGGCCGCUCUAAGAACGUCAAGAACAUUUUGCUCAAAAACACGGUCAACAUCUUGCUCUGCGCCAUCUGCUGGUGGGCCGUUGGAUAUGCUUUUAGUUAUGGAUCGUCGACAGACGGCUUCAUUGGCACCUCGGGCUUCUUCCACGACGGCGGGUUGGGCGCCGCCAAGCUGUGGUUCUACAGCUGGACCUUUUGCCUGUCCACCGUGACCAUCGUGUCGGGCUGCUUGGCGGAGCGCACCAGCCUGGUGGCCUACCCCGUGUUCACGGUGCUCAUGGCCUCCUGGGUGCACCCCGUGGUGGUGCACUGGGCCUGGAGCCGCGACUCGUGGCUGCUGGGCAUCAGCAGCGAGUGCCGCUUCCUGGACUUUGCGGGCGGGACUGUGGUGCACAUAUGCGGCGGGAUGAUGGGCCUGGUGGGCGCGGCGCUGGUGGGGCCGCGCAUCGGGCGGUUCGAGGAGGGGCGAGCCAAGGAGCUGCCGGGGCACGACGUGUCGUCCGUGGCCAUUGGCACGCUCUUCCUGUGGUUCGGCUGGUUCGGCUUUAACUGCGGCUCGGCCUAUGUGUACAUGGGCAACAUGGCGGCGGCGGCAGCGGAGGCGGCGGCCAGUGCGGUGGCGUCAGGCGACACGUCAGCAGACGUGUACGCAAGCGCGGCGGCGGCGGUGUCGGCGGCUGUGACGUCGGGGGCCAACGCCACGUUGCAUCCUGGCAGCACGCCGGCGGACCGUGUGGCGCUCAACAUGACCCUGUGCGCCUCGGUGUCGGGCCUCACGGCGCUGCUGCUGAGCAGCCUGCGUAGCGGCACAGUGGACCUGUGUGUGUGCUGCAACUCGCUGCUGGCGGGACUGGUCAUGUCCACCCCCGCCUGCGGCUUCAUCACCUCCUGGGCGGCUGUGAUCUACGGCCUGGUGGCGGCGGCGCUGUACAUGGGCGGCACACGCAUGCUGGUCCGCUUCCAUGUGGACGACCCGCUUGAAUCGUCCGCCAUCCACUUCGGCUGCGGCGGCGUGGGCACUCUGCUGCUGGCGCUGCUGGCGCGCCCCACCUACGUGCAGGAACUCACCGGCUACGACUGCGGUGGCCUCGUGUACGGCGGCCGCAAGGGCGCCAUCCUGCUGGGGCUGCAGCUGCUAGGCAUUGCGGCCAUCACUGCCUGGACGGCGUUCUUCUCGGUGCUGGUGUUCUACCUGCUGCGGCGGCUGGGGCGGCUGCGAGUGGACCAGGUCACGGAGCUGGCGGGGCUGGACAACAUGGAGCACGGCGGCCCAGCAUACCCCGAGUUCAACCUGGUGCCCUACAACACCGGCAGCGCGGAGCGGUAGGAGACAGAUAGCCGCUGGUGCUUCAAACCUGCACGUGCCUGCCGCCUGCGCGUGCGGAGGCACAGGCACGUGGAGCAGAGGCGCACAGCAGCGCCGCAUGGCUUGGCCGGCGCAGGACGGUGGGAGCGCCGUCAUAAGCAUCUGAGCCGCAGUCGCAGCUGCGUUUGGGUAGAGCGAGUUGCGCCCAGUGCCCUUGCAGCCGUGCCUGGCGACCCUCGCUGACGCAUGCGGUGAGGGAAGGUGGGAUGGGGUGGAGAAAGCAGCGCCUGGGCUGGCAAUGAGGCUGCACGGUGAGAUGCUGUUGCGCGCCACCGAAACGCCUUAAUACGGCCAGCUCGUUGCUGCUACGGGCAGCUCGUUGCUGCUAUGGAUAAGGAUGUAUGGUGAGGGUGGACAAUGCUGUGGGCCAGCGUGAUAGUACUACAGCAUUUAUAUGCAGGUGGGUCGCUGAGGCAGCUGGAAGCAUCCUUGCAAAACUACCUCAAUGGGAUGGUCUAUGUAAGCGGGAGCUUCAGGCCGCUUCGCUGCAUGCACUUGUGGAGGGGGCAACCUACACGGUGCGGCGUACGGACACUGCGUGUGCUGGUGGGGAGUGAUGUGUGCUCAUGCGGAGAUGGAUGCUGGUUGUGUUUGCAUGGUUUUGCAAGCGGGUGGUUAUUGCAUUGUUCAUCAUCUUUUGAGGGGACACCCUGCAUGUAAAAAUGAAGGGUGCUGGUAGGAUUGCACUACAAGAGCUGUUGAGACCGCGCUUGUGCGUGGUUACAGUAGCAGGUCGCUGCUGCGGCAUACUGGUCACCUUAGCGCAGACUCUUCCGGGAUUUGCACAUGUGCCUAGUUCGUGUUAGUAGGUGGUGCGCGGGAGAAGCUUUGACGCCUCUGUACUGGAGCUCUUAUCCCAUGAUGUGGGGCGGCCCCCUUCUUACAUACAAACUUGUCUACCGAAGGACAGGACUUGUUCGGGAACGGGUUGUGCCGCAGGAGCGACGACCAAAUGGUGGUGGCCGGGUAAUUGGGAUGGCGUCUGAGUCUUUGGUGCACUUGUGCUGCCGUGGAAUCCGGGAGUCGGGAGAUACACGGGCACGGGGGUGUACAUGUGCCGUGCUGUGUAGGAUGCCCUUGAGGCACAUGACACGGGCUUCCAUUGGUCGUGUGCCGGUGCAACCACAUUGAGCGAUUGCAAAGUUACGCGCGACCUUGUUAUAGAUUCCGGCUGCUGUUGGACCGGAUAUUCGAGAGGCCCAAAAGGAAGUGCAGCACGGUUACCCGAGGCCGGGUGAGUAUGCAUUGUGCUGUUGUUUGUGCGUGUGAGGUGGGCGUGUUCAAACCGGACGAAUACGGGACUGGGUAUCAUUGUGCAUGUGCGGGGUGUUUUGCAUGUAGCGGAGGCGGUGAGCAAGGCCACGUGGAGGAGGACAGCGCGGCGUCGCCGAAGAAGCGGCGCCGGCGCGCAGGUUGAGGCCGGCCGGUGUCUGGUUAUCGGUCUUCGCUGGCAAGCAUAGCACAGCACAGUAUGUGAUAGGCCGCAGCAGUGAGGAGUGUUGUGGCCAGAGGAUUUCCUGUUGUUUGGUUGUCCUGUGCUGGCCGUGCUUGUGCUUGACAGCGGGACGUGGCUGAACGCAUGAUGGGCCGUGCCUGUACAAACUGACCCUGGUUAUGUCCGGGAAAUGGGUAGACGCGUGCGACCUCAGACGGGAAAAUCACCUGGCUGAUGCUGAUGCAGACUGCCAAAUGAGUCGUCGUCGUGCAGGUUCAAUGUGAGAGAGGGUGAGAGCCGCCUCACCCCGGUUAGCGCACGUGCCCGAGUGCUUUGCCGCAGUAGGGUGUUUAGGUCCUGAGAUUGGCAGAUGUUCUUUUAAUGACUCUGUCAGCACCUUGUGAGAAAUCAAAGUUUCUGGGUUGCGACCAUAAGCAGUGGUCCAUCGUGCCAAAGCCUUUCCUCCGACCAUGGCAGUGGCGACAGAUGGGCGCAGGGUAGGACAGCCAUGGGCGCGACCGUCCACAGCGUUUACCGUCGGUUACGAGGUAACAUGUGAAUUCGCAACUUGCGCUACUGACUGCCUACUCUCGUGCCGCCUGCAAGCCCACUCCGCCGUCCGCUCUGGUCUACGUACGCAUUCGUU